AAUUUACUGUCAAUCGGUGCGCAAGACUAUCAACAGACAACUCUGAACAUCAGUGCAGUUUGCAGUAGUAUAAACAGAAGAUACUGGCACAUUUCUGUUUAUUAAGUGUUCAAUUCCUCUUUGUCUCAGGACUUUUAUUUUGUGUCUUGGUCUCUUGGUGUAUGGGAAACAGUUCUUCAAAAGAUAUGAGUGCGCCGGUAAAGGUUCUCCCAACAGCAAAACACACUGCAUCGCUGAUAUUUUUACAUGGUCUUGGUGACACAGGGCAUGGCUGGGCAGCUGGUUUUAAAGCAUUAAAAUUUGAACAUGUACAUUGUGUUUGCCCUACAGCACCAGCACAACCAGUGACUGUUAAUGCAGGGAUGAGAAUGCCAUCAUGGUUUGAUAUAUUUGGUUUAUCACCUGAAAGUCCUUCAGACGAAGAAGGAAUAAAAAGGUCGUCAGAAAUAUUAAAACAGCUAAUUAAAGAAGAAGAAGAUAAAGGUAUCCCUAGCAACAAAAUAUUUGUGGGAGGAUUUUCUCAGGGAGGAGCAGUAUCAUUAUAUACAGCAUUGACAUUAGGAAAACCUUUAGCUGGAGUUAUAGCCCUUAGUUCAUGGCUUCCACUUCAUCAGAAGUUCCCAGAUGCCAUUAAAGGAGAUGUAGGCAAUCUUCCAGUGUUCCAAGGUCAUGGUUAUGAAGAUCCCAUGGUACCCUACAAGUGGGGUGAACUAACCAAUAGAACUUUAUCUACACAUCUUAAGAAUAUAGUGUUCAAAAGUUACCAUAUGAUGCAUAGCUCAUGUGAAGAGGAAAUGGAAGAUGUAAAAAGUUUUAUAGAAAAGAUCGUUAAGGAAUGAUAGUAUAGACUUAAUGAAUUAGUAUGGGUGUAUGAACUACUGUAUAAAGACCUAGUGAGCUAAUAUGGGUGUGUGAAAUUCUUAGAGAGAUAGAAUAAAUGAUUAUAUGGUCAGUCAUUCAACCAUUCCAUGAUCUCGCACGACUCUGUAAAGAUGUUUAAUUAUUCAAUAGAUAUAGAUGAUGGUUCUAUGAAGUAUUGUCACCAACAGAUGAUAUGUAUACCGUACUAUAUUGUAAUGAACUCUGGAUGUCACAAGAUACCUGUUUACUGCAAUACUGACCAGAUUUGUUUUACAGAACACUUCCACUGUCUAUUAAACCUGUGCCAUUUGUGUUUGCAUUACCCAGUAUGUUCAUUGAAUUGAGAUGUAUUGUGCUUUGGAUCUGUCAUAAUAUUUAUUGUCCGCCUUCUUCAGUAAACAUAAGUUUCACAUAAAAUAAAACAUUAUUUUUUUAUUUAGGAAUCAAAAUACUUAAUUUUGUAGUUUAUUGGGACGUAAAAGGUCUUUUGAUAAUUAUAACAUGCUACAAAUUAGAGGUACUAAAAUCUAACAAUUACAUUUCAGAAUUAUUAUUUUUUUUUAUUAUAUUGAUUGAAGUGAAUAUAAAGGUGUCUUUAAUUGAGACUGAUAGACGUCCAAUAGAUAAACUUAAAAAUACUGUAAACAAUAUAGCAGUUCUAUAAUACAUACAUGAAAUGAAACCAUAAUAUGACAGGACAGCUGAUCCAGAAAUUCUGGCCAGUUAAGUGAAUUUGUGUGGAAAGAAAUGAAAAAUUGUAGAAAUUCUAAAUAUUUACUUAAAAUGCACAUCUUUCUUUGUUAUCUGAAUGUGUGGAAGUUAUUAAGAUCUGUAACAUACCACCACACCUGGCUUUUUUAUCUUCAUAUUUGUUCUGUUAUAAUUUGCAUUUAAAAUUAAAAUAGUAUUUGCUUUAGAUUUAUUAAGUUUGGAAAUAUAUGUAUGCAUGUUGUACAUAGUCCACAAGCCAAUUUAGACAUAUAUAUUAAUGUCCCACAUUGAAUUUUUUAGGAUAUUUUUUUGUUACCCAGAGACAAUUAUUAUAUCCAAAAUCAUACUAAUUUUCUUUAUGGUUAAUUGAUAUUGUCACUCAUCAGAUGUAAAAAAAAUAUUUUUAGUCAUGGAUAUUUUAUAGAUGUUCAUGAAAUAAAUACAAAUUUUACAUCUGAUGAGUAACCAAAACUCCAGAGCAAAUUAUGGAGAAAAAUAUGCCAAAAAAUGUUUAAGAUUGAUGUAUGACACCUUUCAAAUUUGCACUUAACUUUGGACUAAUAUAUAGGCAUACUUCCUUUGUCAGAAAUAUAAUUCAUGUUUAAUUAUGUACUGGUUUCAAUGUUAAUAUGUUAUAGAUUAUGAAUUCUUUGUAAAAAAUGGUAUGCUUUUAAACAGUUUGGUUCAGUUUGUCAUAUAUGGGAAAACUUUAGUUUGUGUAUAAGUCUUUUUAUUAAUUUGAUAAAAAAAAAUUUUAAAAUGCUAUUUUGGUAUGAAAAUGAAAGUAAUGCAUUCAACAACAAAUUAGGUAUUGAAACUAGUCUGUUAAGAAUACACAUUGUUAUAUAGACAUACACAUUGUUGUUUUUGUUGUUUUAUUGUUGUCAUUACAAACAAAGAUUGAAGCAUUGUUAAAAUAGAUUAUUAGCAGCCAAAUAAGACACUUUUGUGUCCGUAUUAAUUAUUUCCAUUUGUAUCAAAUGGAGUGAUACUUUUCCAUGGUCUGUCUUUGAUAAAAACAGCAGUUUAAAAAGUAUAAUACACCUUAUCACUAUUUGUUUGUCACUACUGGACAUCCAGAUGUUCCUGUAAAAUUUUGAUGUCAAAAGAGAAAAUGUCUGAUGCCACAAAAGAUAAGUAUUUAUUGUAUGACGUCAGUAGUUCAAGUUUUGGAAUUUUUUGGGUCAAUUGUUUCAGAGUUUCAAAUAGCGAUAAGGUCUUUUGUCUACUUUGAAUUUGUCUUAUACAAUUUAAUCAUUUCUCAUCUUUUGAUUAUAAUAAAUUUUAUCUGUUAUCUGACAAUGAUGAAAUGUCAUCAAUUAUGAUUUUGAGAAGAUUGGUUGAGUGUUUAAAAGUAGAAUUUCAGGGUGUGACAAGAUUGGGUAAUUAUAAAUUUAGUAGUAUGUGAUGAUUUGACUAGUCAGCUGUUAACCAUAUAUAACCAGAAUGAUCAAUAAUUAAUCCAAUGUUAACACUAUGUAUUGGAAGCAAAAUACAAAAUAUAAACACCUUUUGGAUUUUUUCCUCUGUUGUUUGAGCUUCCUCAAAAUAUUUCUUCACUUACAAUAGUCACUAAGAUUUCCUUGUAGAACCCCCUCAAUCUGUCUAUGCUUACUACAUCUACAGGAGGGGGUUCAAAAGGAAAUCUUUUCUAAUCUGUACAUAUAUUUUAAUGGAAGAUCUGUUAGUUUCUCCAAACAGUUUUAAAUACUUACCAGCAAGUGUGAACCUGGUUUCAAUGCCAUCAUGGAUACAAGCCUUGCACUGACAAGUUAAUGGUCCUAUCUUCAUGUGUAUGGAUGUGGACAAAUCAAUCAUCCAGUUUGUGUGUUUGUGAACAAAUCCAUGACUGUUUGACAUUACUAGUAUUUUAACCAAUUGUAAUCUAGAUGGUAGUAUGUGUGUAUUCAAGAGUCAUUAAAUCAGGUAUUACAUUUGAUCAAGUUUUUAAUGGAUUCUCAUACUAAUUAUAUAAGUUCUAUUUGUUGAUUUCUGACAUUGUUUCAGGGUUUGUUGUUUUUAUAAAUUGGAAGAACUGUUUAUCUUAAACAAGAAGAAAAACUACUUAAUGAAUCGCUCAAAAGUAGGAAUCAUUUGUUUUAGUGGUCCAUUCAACUUUUCAGGGAAAUUGUUCAUCCUUUUGUCAGAGAUUUAUCAUAAAUGUUUGACAUUUCAUAUUGCAAAUAAACAAUUUUUUUAUGAAAGUUUUAGAUAAAACAGAGAUGUGUAAGGUUUUUAUUUUUAAUGAAAAGUAAUGGAGGUUUUAGCCAGAUGUCACAUUUUGACUUUACAAAAGUGUUCAUUUAGCAUUUCAGAUGUGUUCAUGUUAAUAAAAUAACUGUUCUUUGAAAAAAACUAAAUGCAACUUUGUACCCCAUGGACAAUGUAAAUUUGUAUUGACCAAAUAUAAAGAUACACAGAUUUGAUGUUGUAAGCUCAUUUCACUAGACAUAUCUUGGUUCCUAAUGUGACUCUUAUAAUUAUAUCUUUGAAAGUUAUACAUCCCAUACAGUGUAUUACCAAUUGUGUUUUAUUUGCCUCUAAUGGUAGCUUUGUAUUUUAGGGAACAAAUACAUAGUCCACUGAAAAGAGCCGUAACUUGUAUUAAAUAUGAUAAGUUGUACUAUUUAAAAUGUGGUGAAAUUGAAACAUGUUUAUAUAAACCAACAAAGCAUUAAAUAUAAAAAUAAGGAGAUGGGUGGGGUAUGAUUGCCAAUGAUACAACUAUCCGCCAGAGUUCAAAUGAAGUAGAUUAUAGGCCACUGCAUGGCCUUCAACAAUGAGAAAAACCUGUACCAUGUAGUUGGCUAUUAAGACUAUAAAACUGUUAUUGGCAUAAUGAUGAUGGAAGUUUUUAACGACCUUGACUGGCUAUACAGCCCUCGCACGGUCGGUCAUAUUGGCAUAACGAAAAUGAGGACAGUAUAAAUAAUAUGAUUUGAUAACCAGUCCACAUUAAAUCUAAUAAGAGAAGGUUAUUUUAUUGCUGUAAUUGGUAGUUGCUAAUUUGUUAACUUGAUAAAAGUUUGACAUUUUAAAGGUGCCAAUAAUUUAUAAACAGUUGUGAACAAAUAAUAUUAAGUUCAAACUUCAAGAUAUAAUUGUGUUUAUUGGAUACCAGAGUAAAAAGCUUGAAGUUGAUAAUUUGUGGAAAUUACCAAUUUAAUCACAUAAUAUAAAACUGAAAACUACUUAAUUAUGUGGUAAAAUCUCAUGACAAUAUUUAGUAGAAUUAUGCAAUGUUUUCAUCUUCUUGCACACUUGUUCAUUUAACACACUUUUAAAGCUCGAUAAAUGUGUUUUUUUAAAUCAACUCUUCAAUUGUAGAUAAAAAAUUUAAAGUCCAACAAUUGUAUUGACUCUGGAAUAAUCCUUAUAAUUUUUUUGAAGAAAUUAGUAAAGUAUUGAAUGUA